UUGGUCGAAUAUAGAAACAUCCUGUAUAUAUAUUUGAUACAUAACAGUUUUGUUCGGUUAUAUAUAAAUUACGUUCAAUUAAAUAAAGUAUUAUUAGUUUUCUCAAACCAAAUAAACGGUGAAUCACUAAAUAUAUAAUAAAUAGCUAUCAAGUUAAUAACAUUAAAGCAGAUAUCUUUUACUUACCGAAUCAUGGAGUGAUCAAACGAAUUAAGCCUAACCAAAAAGUUACGAGUAAUUUUCGAUUUAUCCUGAAAAUCUUCGAAGGGUAUAUCACUAAAUAAUCUAUUAAAGGUGGGAGAAAUAAUACAGAACGACUUAGUAACAACAUUACUACGAUUUAGACAACAUAAUAUUGUCAUUACUCGCGUAUGGCACGAGCUGUGCGGCGUUCCUAGCUGUAAGAAGUUUAGGCCUUGUUCGCACUAUGCUAGUGAUUUAGUCUAGUAGCAAGUAAUUUAGUAGCUAAAUUACUCGCUACUGGCACAAAAUCGUUCGCACUUCGCCUUAGUGUUUAGUUUAAUUCCAGUACAGUUUACAAGUGAGUGGUGUCUUGUAAGAUGAACAGCCUACAGCGUAAUAAAGUGAAUCAACUGAUUAAGUUAAUCUUAUCAGCGAUUUUAGAAGUGGUAGAAGAGGAAAUUUGUGUCAUUGGUAAAAAGAAGCUGUGGAUAAGAAAAUGGAUCGAUAGAAGAGACAAACUAGGAGCUACUAAUUGUCUUCUGAAGGAAUUAGCAUUGGAAGAUCCCAAAGAAUACUUCGAUAAUUUGAGAAUGUCUGAAAGUUGUGUAAAUUUUCUGUUAAUGAAAAUACAAUCUCAAAUUCAGCGUGAAAAUACCCUUUUGAGAAGUGCGAUUCCUGCAAUUACAAAAUUACAAGCAGUUCUAUACUUUCUUGCUACUGGAUGCAGUUUAAGGACACUCACACACAUGUUUAGACUCGGAAAAUCAACUAUUUCCGAAUUCAUCAUUGAAGUUUGUGAAGCAAUCUAUGAAUUACUAAAGGAAUUUAUCAAGAUUCCUACUACUACUGGCUGGAAAAAAAUUGAAAAUGGUUUCCGAGAACAGUGGAACUUUCCAGGAUGCUGUGGAGCAAUCGACGGCAAACACGUCGUCAUUAAGGCACCCCUGAGUCAGGAAGUUUAUACUAUAAUUAUAAAGAGACAAACAGCAUUGUCUUAAUGGCUGUUGUAGAUGAUAAAUAUUGCUUUAGUUAUAUAGAUGUUGGGUGUAAUGGAAGGGUUUCUGAUGGAGGCGUAUUUCGUGACUGCAGUUUGUACCAAGAAUUAGAAAACGGUGUUCUACCAGGGGGUCAUGUCCUAGUUGGCGAUAAUGCAUUUCCCUUGAAAGAAUAUUUAUUAAAACCUUUUCCGAUCGAUUAACACUACAGCAAAAAAUUUUUAAUUAUCGUUUAUCUCGGGCUAGAAGAAUAGUGGAAAAUGCAUUCGGUAUACUAGCUGCCAGAUUCAGAGUGUUUGAGAAACCAAUGCCCUAUAGCCCUGAGAAAGUUGUUAAGAUAGUGAAGACCUGUUGAAAAUCACAGAACAAACAGUAUGAAUACACAUUAGAUAAAGAAAAUUAUGAAGCAGGAGCUGUCCUUCCUGGUAAUUGGAGAAAUGAACCAGAGUCUCUCGGAAUGCAACCGCUACCAAUUUCUUUAAGUAACCGUUCAUCCCAAAGAUCUAUAGAUCGUCGGGAAAAAUAUGCAAAUUAUUUUGUCGGAAGCGGAUCUGUCCCUUGGCAGGCACGAAUGAUACAUUGAAAAUUACCAGCCCACCAACACCAGAGUUUAAAAAUAUUGUAUUGCACUGCAAUAAAAUAAUAGGUAUGAGUAGAUAAGUAGGUACGUACCAGAUUACUUUCACUUAGUGUCAGCAGUGAGGUUAAGUUUCGCAAGGGUGCAUCCAAUACACUGAACCAUUUUACAGAAGGAAUAUAAACCGUGUCAGUUCCAACGCCUGAAUUUUUGGAGUCCUUUAUUUUUUUUAACUCUUGCGAGUAGGUCGAUCUAAAAAGGAAUGGUUAUCGUUAGGUAAAACUAAUUCUAAAAACAAUAGUAGUAAUAAUAACUAAGAACCUAUUAUAUUAUUGUAAUAAAUAUGCUGUUGAAAUAAAAUAAUAAAAUUAUGCACUAACCUGAUGUUUUUUAUUUUCAAUUUAAUUUCCUUUUCACCAAAUCCAGGGAUAUUUAUGGUUUUAUCUAAAUCAGAGUAAGCGGAUUGUUUCACUAGUUUGUUUUUAUAAUUAGGGGACUUAAUAUUCCACAAGCAUUCAUGUUCCAGGUAUUUGGAAACAAAUUUUAAAGUCGUUUCUUCACUCCAGCGAAACGUCAUGUUUACUAUCUACGUACUAAUGAACUCGACUAAACUCAACAGGUUCGCACUUGUUUAGCCGGUGAGCCAGUGAGCAUGGACGCGUGGUGGGGGGUGCUACUCGCCCGAGAAGAAUAGAGUAAAAUGGAUCGACUAAACUAAAUUCCUUACUAAACUACUCGACUAAAUUUUUAGUGUUCAGACAUAUUUAGCUACUAAAUUACUUGCUACUAGACUAAAUCACUAGCAUAGUGCGAACAAGGCCUUACAAGUAGCGUUAGAAAAUCGCGACAAAUUUCCUGACACAGCAAACAUUAUUAUCAAUUACUUUUACGUUGACGAUCUUUUGACAGGUGCUGAAACGAUUGAGCAAGUUAUUGAAAUACAGAAACGAUUAUCGACUUUGUUGAAUAAGUAUGGAUUUAUGUUACGUAAAUGGGUAUCAAAUCGAGUCGAAGUGCCGGAGCGAUGAUUGCUAUAUCGUAUCUGAAGACGAAACAAACAAAAACCUUGAGUUUGUUAUGGCGAGCAUGUUCUGACACAUUAUCGUAUAAAGUUAUAAUUGAUCAUCCUACAUCUGCCGCAACUACCAAACGUUUAAUUUUGUCGUCAAUAUCAAAACUAUUCAAUCCAUUAAGCCAGAGGUGUCAAACUAAA